ACGGAGCUUUCUGUUUUAUGACGACCACGCACGCUGCGUUCGACCGUCUUCAUUUCCACUUUGUUAAACAAAAACAAAGAAACAUUGAUCGCUGCUCACCCAAGUGCAUAGACUGCUGAACUAAACUGAAGAUGCCAACGCAAAGCGUACUUGUCCGAGAUUCCUCUUUUCUGAGGAGGGUACUACAGCAGUACCUGAGUUUGUUAAAGAAAUAUCCAAUCAUCACCAAAUCGGUUACGAGUGGUUUUCUAUCUGCUGUGGGAAAUCUUCUGUCUCAAGCUUUGGAGUACAGGAAGAACAACAAAGAAAAUAGCCCGAAAAAGAAAAUCAGUGUUCUGGGACCUUUACACUUUGCUGUAUUUGGACUUUUUAUCACUGGUCCAGUCAGUCAUUACAUUUACCAGCUCUUGGAGGUGCUGUUGCCAACCACUGUCCCAUACUGCCUGAUCAAGCGCCUUCUGCUGGAACGUCUAAUAUUCGCCCCUGCUUUCCUCUUGCUCUUUUAUGUGGUUAUGAAUGCUUUGGAGGGCAAGACACUCACAGAUGUUCAAAACAAACUUAAAACAAGUUACUGGCCUGCCAUGAAGAUGAACUGGAAAGUUUGGACCCCAUUUCAGUUCAUCAAUAUCAACUAUGUACCUGUGCAGUUUCGAGUGCUGUUUGCCAACCUGGUUGCUUUAUUCUGGUAUGCCUACCUAGCUUCUGUCAGGAAAUGAAACUACAAAACCAGCUACAGUGCACAUAGGUUGGUUUGGAUUGGUUAAAUCCAGUUUGUGCCUUUAAAGGACUGCCGCGCAUUAGAUAGGCCCUAUGUUUUAAAUGUCUUCCAGGACAACUGACAGGAAAUAUUGUUCAGUGUAAAAUAACUGUGAUUUGUGUCAGUGAUGAGAUAUUCUGAAUGUCUAUGGAGGCACUGACAAUGAUGUCAGGAUUUUGAUUGUUGUAUUUGAUUAAUUUAAAAACACUGAUUACAGAGACAAACUCAUUUUUAGCAGUUUCUAAUACUUCUGCUAUUAUCUUCACUCUUUAACUGAGUUGACUUACGUUAAUAGCAGUGGUCUUGCUAAUACAUUUUGUAUACUUGUAUAGCUCUGACAAAUGCAGACAAUGUUGUUUUUUUUUUUUAUGACAUUCGGUUUAAAUGAAUUACCAGCACACCAAUAAAAUGUAUUUUAAUUCAA